AUGGCUGAGAACACCAGCAGCAGCGACAAGCUUGCUGCGUUCGCACAACGCUUCGCUGCUGUGCAGCAGCAGCAGCAACAACAGCAGGAGCAGCAGGAGCGCCAGCAACAAAAGGAAGGAAACGAGGAGGAGGAGACGAAUGCGGAUGAAGGGGCGACAGGAACCCACAGCGCCGAGCAAGGCGCCAACACCACCACGGUGCAACAAGAACAAGAGCAAGCAGGGAUAGGCCAACAAGUGCCCUUCGAACCUGUUGUGGAACCUGUUGUGGAACCUGCCGUGGAAGCCACGGUGGUGACAACCGCGGAAGCUCCGGAAGCGCCGCCGCUGGCGCCCGCAUCCUCAAGCAAGAGCGACGACCCCUCGAAUGGCCCCUCGACCAGCGAUCCUGCCAUUGCGAGUACAGGGGCUACCGACACACUUGGGCAGCCACCACACUCACAACAGCAAGGACCUUCUGAAGCGCCGACGUCCUCCUCCCCACCACAAGGGCAACAUGCGCCAGCGGAACCAGACGCAACGGUCGCGGGGACGCAGCCCACACCCGGCGUUACGGAGGAGGCGCGUCGUGAAGCCGCCUACGAAGGACAACAGCAGCAGCCGCAGCAGCAGCCGCCGCCGCCGCCGCCACAACAGGAGCAAGCAACGCAGUAUCAGAAGCAGCUGCAGCAGCCACCGCUUCUUGGCGCCCAGCCGCCAAUGCGCGCACCACUGCCGCAGCGGGCCCCAUUUGCAGGCGCCCAGGGCGCUGCCCCCUUUCAUCAACUGCACCAAGCCGCACAUGCGCAGGGCACCCCCGCUGCCGGCACCAUCAUCAUCGGCGUCACCUCCGCUGCCGCCGCGGUCGCCACAGAGACGAGGCCCGCCACGGCCAGGUGCGGGCGGACAACUCCGCAGAUCGCCGUCGCCGUCCCCACAGCUGAGGCAGAGGGGACGACAGCAGAGCCCCCGUCCCCGCCGCACACUGCCGCCUCCACGGGCACGCAGUGGUGCACGCGAUCGGCACCAUCAGCCGCGGGAGCCGUGUCGGCGGGGCGGGAGCGGGAGAUACCGCCAAACUCACGCAUCUUUGUCGCGCGGCUGAAACGCAACCAGGUGACGAAGGCUGAUCUGGAGCAGGUGUUUUCCAAGUACGGGCGUAUUCUUGAGAUCCGCCUGAACCACACAUAUGGGUUUGUACAGUUUGACAAUCCCCGCAGCGCCCGCGCCGCCAUUGACCACGAGAAGGGCCGCCGCAUCCUCGGCAUUCCCAUCGAUUUAAACCUUGCGACCAACAAGUUCCCGACAUAUGAUACGGCUGAUGGUGUGCGCCGUGCGCCUUCGCCGCCGCCAUCACCGCCCCGACCCGCACCGCCAGCAGCGAUGCGUCCACGUGCCCGCCGCCACUCACCAUCCCCAAUUCGCUCUGAUCAGCCGCCGCCGAAGGUUGCGAAGCGCAGCGGUGCGCCAGACUGCGUGCUCGUCAUCCACACCACCAAACCCGCGCUCAAGCGCACCGCUGUUGAGUUGCGUGACGAUUUGAUGCGUCGCAACGUCCACACGGAGACAACGGCACUGCGGCCCAGCGAGCACCUGAGCGACGUGUUGCGCGAGUGCCGUGCUGAUGGCGCCGUUGUUGCUGCCGUGCUCUUUGCCCCGAGCCCCGCUGGCCAAACCCUCGACAUCCACGUUCUCCAGGGCCAGCGCGAAGUUCGCCAGCGCGUGCCGCUGAGCGACAGCGCUGCCAUCAUUUCACACAUCUGCCACGAGCGAAGCGCCACAGCCACAGUCCCCCUACCGCGGUGCCUACAGGACGCGUGGACCGCAACACCACCGCGGGCACGGCCGGCAACCGACAGCGCUGUGUCCGCAACCCCUGUCUCUGCCCUUUCCUACGAGCAGCCGCCCGUGGUUGCGUCGCCCGCCACACGCACGAAUGCCCACACGCAGAGCCUGACUUCCCAGAUUUACAAGAUUCUUGGCCAGAGCACACCCUCUCCGCAGUCGCCGGCGCCGCCUGUUCCCCACAGCACCGCGCCGUCGGACCCGCGCCUGCAGUCUGCACCGAAUAGUGGCGGUGGCGGCGGCGGCGGGUAUCGACCAGCACCCCGCCCAGCAGCACCGGGCACUGCUGCCGCGCACCAACGCACAGCGACAACGACCCAGGACGCGAGCAUCGACCUUAACGACCCGGCCGUGCAGAACAUGCUCAACGCGCUCCUUAGAGAGGCCAGCUGA